AUGACCGAUCACAACCAAGGCUGUAAAAUUACUCUCUACUGGCUCGAGCAAUCUCGCAGCCACCGAAUUCUCUGGCUCCUGGAAGAGCUAGAGCUCAAGUAUGAGCUCAAGAUUUUCAAGCGCGGCGCGGACAAGCUCGCGCCCGCAGCACUGAAAGAAGUCCACCCACUGGGCAAAUCACCCGUGAUCACCAUCGAAGCACCGGAUUCCACAAAGCCGCUCGUGCUGGCUGAAUCCGGUGCGAUCGUGGAGUACCUGGUCGACCACUUUGGCAGCGCCUGCCCCUCCCUCGUACCACAGCGGUACACCCCCGGCAAAGAGGGGAAAGUGGGCGGCGAGACCGAAGAAUGGAUGCGGUAUCGCUACUUCAUGCACUAUGCCGAGGGUAGUCUGAUGCCCUUUUUGGUAAUGACUUUGGUCAACGACUCUAUCCGCAAUGCCCCACCAUUCUUUGUCAGACCCAUUACCACUAUUGUCGCAUCGCAGGUUGAGAAUCAGUUCUUGACUCGUAAUGUGGAGGGCAAUCUUGCUUUCUUGGAGGACCAGCUGCGCACUUCGCCCAGCGGUGGUGAUUUUAUUUGCGGUCAAGAGUUGACAGCUGCGGAUAUUCUGCUGAGUUUCCCGGUUAUCGCUGUGACUAUGCGCGUACUGAAGGACAAGAAGAAUAAGGAUAAGUUCCCUCUUCUGGUCGCUUAUGCUAAACGCCUUGAGGGAUUCGAUGGCUACAAGCGCGCUGUUAAGAAGAUCGAGGAUAUCGAUGGGAAAUUCUCUGCUUCUAUGUAA